GCCAUUAAUGUAAAUAUGUUAAGUCCUAAGACUUUAGUGAAAAAUUGUAAUCAGUGGUUAAUCGUUUAUCUGUUAGAUAUUUACAAUUCAUAAAUUUCACAAUGUGGAGUAUUAUACUUCCCAAAGACAUAAUUUGAAUAUUAAACUUUAUAAAAUCAAGAAUUUGAUUCUUAAAUAUGUAUGCAGAUUUAUACAGCAAUAUUUGUAAGCUCCGAAUAUUAUUUAGUAUGGAAUUGUUGAAUUCGAGGUAUGCUCUUCUGGUAUUGAGUCUCACUCUAAUUGUAGAGAUUUCUGGUUCAACUAAAUGUUCAACAACGCCAUGCCAAAAACCACAGAAAUGUAAAAAUGUACCGGGAAGUCAUGAAUGCGUUGAUAGCUGUCUUGAUUACAAGAACAUCACAACAAAAUAUUUCAACCGGUAUGAAUGCUGCAAGAUUACUCACGGAAAGUGCGGACAAGGGCCAAACUCUCGUUAUCCCAGAGGACUGCCAAGAAGGUUUUUGGUAGAAUGGCCAUGGAUGAUUAGAACUUAUUUCAACGAAACUCAGCCAUGCACCGGAGUGAUUAUCAAUGAAAGAUGGAGAGCUGUUCCCACGGAUUGUGCUGAGAAAUGUGUGAAUAAAAUAUCAACUGAAAACCAAACGUCCGGAGUUAAGGAUUAUUAUUCGGGGUACAAGACAGUUACCAACUACAGUGUGAGCAACAACAUUGUCCUCGUUCAAUUCAACAGAAGCUUCAAAUUUUCUCCAGACCUAAUUCAACCGAUUUGUUUGCCAGAUGGAGAAAAUCCAUCCAUCGGCGAGAACUGUUUUGCAUUUGGAUAUGUAAAGGAGAAAACAUAUAGUGGUUCUUAUUAUCCAUUGCGUCGGAUGCCCGUAUUUGUUGCAAAUAAUUCUGGAUGCAAUGAUCAAGCUAAUGAAACAAAAUAUACAAUAAAAGAGGAAAUUUGUGUGGGAAAUAUAAUUGAACCAAAGAGUCGUUUUACAAAUUGUUUGGGAAAUCCAGGUUCAUUUUUGAUAUGUCAAAGAAAAACCAGUUGUGAUUGGUAUUUAGCUGGUGUGAAAACAUCUGGUAAAGUAUGCAGCGGAAAAGAACAAGAAUAUGGUAAGUUCGCUAGAAUAUCAGAUGUUGAGAGGUCAAUUGAAGAAAUUGUAUCCAGUAAGAAACAAAAUGAAAAGAAAAAGUAGAUGCGCAAUUCUAAUCAUCGGUAUAUUAUUUACAUGGAUGAUUUUUGCUCAACUAUUUUAUGUACUUUAUUCCUUUCAAAAAUCUUAUCAAAUCCCAUCAGAAACUUGAAACACCUCACAAAAUGUUAAAUAUAUCUUGAAGAUUAGAAAACUGUGUUAUUUCGGCAGAA